AUGGACAAAAUUCUGCCGAUUUUGUACGGUUGUGCAUCACCAACGAGUGGAGCGGGGAAAGUUACCACCAUCCAGCUGGAUCGAAUUCUCAUCGGCUGCAACCAGCUAUUGCGUGGAACUGGCGCAUGGAGAAGUCAUGCAGCUCUGUUAGAAAAUAUUAGCGUGCUAAAAACGUGCUUACCGUACACCCAGCUGGCUGACACCUUUAUUCCAGUUUUGCAGAAGGAAGUCCUGCAAGCUCGAGCUAUUCCUUGCCGAGUGGCUGCCGUCAACACAUUGCUCCUGUUCAUGCGAGAGCAGCCAGACAAGAAGAAGCGUGAAGAGAUCAUCGAAUUCUUCAAUAUAGAAGUAGCUGGACAUCAGUGCUGUUAUCGUCGAUUGCUGUAUUUGGACGUAGUGGAAUGUGUAUUGAAGAUAUUUAGUCGAAAAUUUUUCAUAAAGUAUUUCCUAGAGAGAAUGCUGUCACUUAUCCAAGAUAAUGUCUCAAACGUCAGACUUCGAACGAUUAGGCUAAUGCCAUUUGUAAAGAAGUAUCUUAUUUUGCCGGACGACGAAGAGGUUCUUCUGUCAUUGGAAAAAGCUGUUAGAGAGACUCUAACCACAGAGAAGCAGCCCAACACGCGACAACUAGUCCAGACAGCAGCAUGCGAACUCUCACGGACAGAGGCAAGAACGAAAGAUGACAAGGAGGACGCAGCACGCGAAAAAGAGGAAAAGCGUCUCUGGAGCAAAGACAGACUCAUACAAAAUGCAACUCCCAAAAAGGAAGAGUCGCCAAGUCCGAACAAGAGCGGAAAGAAUCUCUCUCUGCCAAAAUCGCCAGACUCUCGCAAUACUUCUCCAUGGAGGACACAACGACGCGCUGUUGCCGUAGUUCGACCGCAGCCGGUUGUAGUCAUGAGAUCUGCAAGUCCAGUGCCGAAACUUUCCGAUACAAAUGGUCGACCAAGCCGUUUACCGCUCAGUACCGCUAGCAGAGAGAAGGAGGCGUUGAAGAAAGGGUCCAACUCUUUCGGACUGCGUAGAUCCGCCACGACGUCUGCGUUUGGAAACGGAUCGACAUCAACUUCAUCGUUCUCACUUUCACAAUCCAGGUCAUCAUCUAACAUUCGUCGACCGUCUUAUGGUUUGUCACGCGUUUCCAGUCAUAGCACAUUGGAAAGGAAGCCCGGACAUUUAUCGAUGAAAGUUCGAUCCACAGACUCCUAUGUCGCGACGCGACCGCGCGCGACGGAUUUUGCGAGUCUUGGCUGGCCUCACGUUGGGAGAUGGAGUGAAUAUGUUCGCUAG